AUGAAACCGACUACCACGGAUACUAGUACUACUAUCUCUGCGAUCAGCGGCACCACCAAACCGACCACCACGGAUACUAGUACUACUAUCUCGGCAACCACCGGCACCACCAAGCCGACUACCACGGAUACUAGUACAACUAUCUCGGCGAUCACCGGCACCACCAAACCGACCACCACGGAUACUAGUACUACUAUCUCGGCAACCACCGGCACCACCAAGCCGACUACCACGGAUACUAGUACUACUUUCUCCCCAACCACCGGCACCACGAAACUGACCACCACGGAUACUACUACCGUUUUGGCAACCACCGGCACCACGAAACAGACUACCACGGAUACUAGUACCACUAUCUCGGCAACCACCAGCACCACGAAACUGACCACCACGGAUACUAGUACUACCGUCUCGGCAACCACCGGCACCACGAACCCGACUACCACGGAGAAUACCCGAGUUACCCAGAUCGUAUGCGAGGGAGACACAUCCCUCAUCUACUGUGCAGCGGGUGUCAUCAUCAUCCACACCGCAAGCUACGGUCGAACUGACGAAUCCACCUGCCAGCACCUAGAGUAUAAUGGCAAUACAGACUGUGACAAUGAUGAGUAUAUUGUCCUCAACCAAUGCUGUUUUGGGAGAGAACGAUGUAUCGUCUAUGCACAUAACGAUAUCUUUAGUGAUCCUUGCCCAGCGCCGCCAUAUACCACUAAAUACCUGAACGUCACUUAUACCUGUAUGGCUGAGUCGGUGAAUACAGAGACAGACAUCUUUAUUGUCUGUGAGGGCUUCAGUGAUGUCAUCGAUUGUGGAAGUGACAUCAUCACCAUCAACUCCGCCAUCUACGGCCGUACUGACCUUACGACCUGCCAGUACUGUACUAGUGAUCCCUUGGUUGCAAACAUAUGCUUCUCGGCAACCAGCGAUCAGGAGCAAAUUUUGUCCUCAUCAUGCGAUGGCCUGCAUUCAUGUACAGUAAUAGCGACGAAUGAAAUUUUCGGUUAUUCUUGCCCUGAUACGUACAAAUACUUGGCAGUUGAAUACGAGUGCACCUAA